UAAGGAUUGCAAUUUGAGGGGUUCUACUGUAAUUGUUUUCAACAGAUGAAUGUUGUUAAAAAUUUGAUUAACAGUCUUUUUUAGGUAAUUUUAAUUCUGGUCCCAAUCAAUUUAAUCUCUUAAAGGUGUUCAACAGAUCAUCAUUUCUAUUGCCUAAUAACAUCAAAAGUGUAUCCAACCUUCAAAAACAAUGUCAACAACAUUAAAUAUGACUAUUGUACCUGAUGAUGAUGAUUUACCCGGACAAGGAUUUGUAUCGUGUCAAGCUUGCUCGCGCCACUUCAUUGAUCAACAAGCAUUAGAUAAACACAUUAGAAAUGUCAAAACUCGAGAUAUUGAUCAUAGGAUAUCGGUUAAUGGACGGCGAAGACGACGACGAAAUGAUAAAUUAAAUUCAGUUAAAAGAGCUUUGUUUAUUGAUGGAAAUUUGCUGGAACAUCAUCGUAAAACGUUUGAAUUUCUUAAGAAAGAAAUGACCAAGAUUGAAGACGAGCAAUGUGCAAAAUAUAAUUUUGACUUUAAAAAUGAAAAACCUCUAGAUGGUAAUUAUGAUUGGGUUAAAACGGACAAAUCUGCAUCCAAAACAUCAACAAAGUGACAUCUCUUGAAAAACUUUUUUUUUUGAUUGUUUAACUUAAAUAUUGAAUUUUUUCGACUUCUCUCGUCUGAAAAAAUUGUAAAUUUUAACAAAAUUCAUUAUACUUCAUAGUCAUUGUUGCAUCGUUAAAUUAUCAACUAUCAACUUAUCAUGGAAUCAAUUAUUUUUAAUUUUAAUUUUAAUUUUAAAUGUUAAUUUCAAGUUAACUUAUCAUAAAGCAAUAAAAUUUAAUUAACUGCAAGGUUAAACAGGUUAAAUUAAAUUGCAAUACUUUAAUUUCAACUUAACCAUUCAAACAGAACAUCAUUUUUCCAACAAGUUAUAAUAUUUAGUUUAACUUUUAAAAUUGAGUGAUCCUAUGGAUGAUGAUUAAUGAAUCAAUAUAGAUUCAUUGGCUUCCAAUCCGAUCAACUAAACGACAUUUUGGUUCCUUUCCGUUUGGAAGUAGACGGUAAUGAUAAGCUUUCUGAUUCACUCAUAUCUGAACAUCCUUCUAUCAAUGGAUCAUCCAAUAUGGAACUAGAAGGGAGUGGACUAGAUGUAUCCAUUCUUUCAUCAAUACGAUAAGGGUUAUCAUCAUUUGGAGAAGCAAGCUGCUGACGCUGUUGAAACUGAUGCAUUCUAUGGCGGUCUAAAGAAUGAGUAUCGUGAGGCAUGAGAGUACGAUUCUUUGAAAGUCUCUCUUUCAAUGUUUGUUCGGUAAAAUGUUGAAAGCCUUCUCGAAAAACAGGAGUUGAAACUGGAGUAGCGGGUAAGCUUGAACGAAAUAUGGUUCCCUUUGGUAAAUCUGGGUAUGCAACAGCAUUCAAACCUAGCAUGAAUGAUUCGGUGUGCAAUUUUUGAAGAUGGCGAAAUCGUGAGCUGAACAUGUUGGAUAUAAAAAUACCCGAGCUGCAGCGACGAGCAGACAGCAUAAGAUUGGUGGGCACAUUUGGCUCACUCUCAGUAAGCUUAAAUCUUGGUCUGGUUGUCAUCCAAUCAGUUCAAUCAACAUGUAAUCACUGAAGUAAAUAACACAUAGUUCAACGAAAUUGUAUUUUAAUCAAAUUGUAUGCACAUUUGCGAAAAAAUUGCACAAACCAAAGGCUCUGGGAAAAAAUUA